CCUUAGAAAUUAUCUCCACAAUCGCUAUGGCUACCGCCGCAGCGUCCCGCCACAACCCUGACUCAAAACGCGAUCUCAUGGCGCCGCCUCCCGCGCAUCCCUCGAUCGACGCCACGACGAUCGCCGACGAUCCCGUCGCGACGGAGCCGUGUCUGGUGGGCACGCAGGUGGUGGAGCUCCCGUCGGAGAUCUUCCAACUAGACGAUCCCAGCUCGCUCUUCUCGCUCGACACGUGGUACAACGUGCUCGACGACGACGACCGCGAGCGCCUCGCGCGCUUCUUGCCGUCGUCAGAGCGCGCCGAUCCGUCUGAGUUGCUGGAGCACCUGUUCGAGAACUCCGCGUUUCACUUCGGCAGCCCCGUGCAGGCGUUCUGGGGGCGGCUCUCCGCGGGCCAGCUGCACCCCUCUGUCGAGCUGCUCUCGCGCAGCGUGCGCGUGCUGCAGCGCAAGCAGCACUACCACGACGUGCGCCGCUACCACGACGACAUGGCGCGCGGACUAAGGGACAUGCGCGCCGUGUGGCAGCAGCUGCCCGACGCGGACCUUCCGCAGCGCCUGCAGGUCUGGCGCGAGGUUAAGGCGCACGGCGGGCUGUCCGCGGCGGGCCGCGCGCGCCUCGCGAAGAGUGGGUCGGAGUCGCAGCUGCAGGCGCAGGGGGCGCAGCUCGCGGCGGACGGAGCCAAGCGGAAGGAGCCGGAGCCUGAUGGGGGGGAAGGCCUGGGCGGCGCGGGUGCGCGCGACGGCGACAGCGGACGCGCGGCGAAGAGGGCAGCGACGGACGAGCGCGCGACAGAGGCGGUGGUUGCGGGGGGAAGCGAGCCCCAUCACCCGAGCCAACCGAGUCAACUGAGUCAAACCAGUCAACCCAGCCAGCCGAGCCAGACCGAGGCGGCAGUGACGGACAUCGGGUUCUCCAUCCGCGCGCUGCUCGCCGCGGUGCGCGACGUGCUCAUGCAGAGCCGGGGGGACGGGGGCGGCGUGGGCGGGGGACUAGGCGGGGGGUUAGGCGGGGACGAGGCGUCGUUCGCAUGGAUGCACUCCGCCGACAUCGUGCAGCGCGUGCGCGAGCGCCCGGGGGACCCGCGCGCGCUGCGCCUAUCCCUGCGGUUCGGCGAGCUGGUGAUCACGGCGCUCAAGGUGCUCCAGACGAAGGCGCCGCCCGGCACGCGGCUGUGGAAGCCGUUCGUGCAGUCGCGGCGGCAGGGGUCGGAGUGGGCGUGGUGCGGCGCGGCGACGGACGCCAUGGACCCUGGCAAGCCCGUGAACGCCGACCCGCUGAGCUGGGGGAUUGCGGAGAAGGGGCUCAGCCGCCUGGAGGAACGGUUCGUGAAGAUGCUGCAGGAUGCGGGGUCCCUGCCAGACGCUGCCGCUGCUGCUGCUGGUGAUGCGUCCGCGUUAGCUGCGGAGGGGAAAGGGCGGGCAGGGGGAAAGGCGGAGGAGAGCAGCAGCGUGAGCGGGUCAGCAGUGGCGGGUGGGGGGGGAGACGGCGCGCGGGCGGCGGCUAAGGAGGGCGACGACUCGCCCCACCUGCCGGCGCUUUCGCGCUCGCUGGUCAACGAGCCACGCGUGCCGUUCAGCCAGCUCAAGAGUCAGGUGACCCUCCCCCCUGCCACAUCGCACAUGCGCACGCUCUUCCAGUGCGAGGAGCGGCUGCGCUACGAAAUCCCGUGCCACGCCUUCCGCUACACCGCCACAGACGGCGGCAAGGCCAUGGUGGCGCCUGUCGUGCGCCAUGGCGCCAAGGCCGUGGCCAAGGCGCGCGACCACGCCAUGCUCAAGCUCGAGCGCCCGCCGCACGUCACCAUCCUCUCGCUCGUGCGGGAUGCGGCCGCCCGGCUGCCAAAUGGGAUUGGCACGCGCGCGGACGUGUGCACGCUGCUGCGCGACUCGCAGUACUUUGUAGCGGAGUCCCCCGAGGCUCAGGUGAACCAGAUAGUGAGUGGCGCCAUGGACCGGCUGCACUACGAGCGCGACCCGUGCGUGAAGUACCUGGCGGACCGCAAGAUGUGGCGCUACCUGCACCGCCACCGCGUGGCACACGACUUCCUCCCCGACGGCACCGUCUCCACGCGCCAGUGGGGCAGGAAGAAGGGCGGGGGAGCGGGUGACACUGACGGCGCCGAUGGGGCUGCUGGGGACGGGAGUGGGGAGAGGGAGCAGCAAGGGCAGGUAGGGUUGAGUCAGCAAGGGGAGCUGCACAGGGGCGUUGUGAGCUUAGAUAAGCAGGCCUUGCCUGCACAUGUGAAGCUGCUCCAGCCACAGCAGCAGCAGCAAUUGCAGAAGCUGGCUCCGCAGCUGGCUUCACACUCCAAGCCGCAGCUACAGGGACAGCAGCAGCAGCAGCAGCAGCAGCAGCAGCAGCAGCAGCAGCAGCAACAACAGCAGCUGCAGCAGCAGCAACAGCAACAGCAACAACAGCAGCAGCAACAGCAGCAGCAGCAGCAGCAGCCAAAGCAGCAACUACAACAGAAGCAGCACCAGCAGCAGCACCGGGGGCAGCAGCAGCAACGCAAACCAUCACAGCAGCACCUGCUGCAGCAGCAACACCUGCUACACCAGCAGCAACACCUGCAGCGGCAGCAGCCAGCGGGUCAGGAAUGGCCGCUGUUCCCACAAGCAGUAGCAGCAGCAGCAGCAGCAGCAGCAGCAGUAGCGGCGGGUGGAGGCAUAGCAGCAGAAACGGGAGGGCCAACAGGACCAGCGGGGCGUGCAGGCAGAAGCAAAGCCCUGGAUUUCUCACCAUCAUCACUGCCAGAAGCUGCAGGUGCUGCCGCCGCUGCCACAGCAGCAGCAGCAGGCAGUAGGGUGGGCGCCUUUUGGGCAGCAGAUGCGGGCAGCCAUGGUGGCGGUGGCCCCAUACGAGGCGAGGCUGGCCUGGAUGCUGCCAUGGCGGGUGCGUUGAGUGGUGUGGGCGGGGGCUUUGAGAGGGGCAGAGCGAUCCCCCAUGCCAAGGACCUGAGGCACACUGCCCAUCAACUCCUGCCACAGCCUGGCAUCAUGAAACCGCCUGGAGGCGCCCUUGCUGCCUCGGCUCUUGCUGCCUCCACUGCUGCUGCCUCUGCCGCCGCCGGUGCUGCUGCUGCUGCAGCUGCUGGUGGUACUACCGCUUUGAGUCGGCAUGUGACGGCUGCUGGUGCUCGUCAAGCCGUGCCUCGAUCCAUGGCUCCCACGCCCACUCGUCCUGACUUCAGUGCAGGGAGCCGGCCUGGUGGCGGUGUGCAGGCUCUGAACCUCAACGCUGGCCACUUUGAACCGGUCACUGACGGCAGGGGCAGGGGCAGCAGCACCAACGGCAACAGCCUCGCCCGUUCAAGCCUGGGUGUGGGCAUGGCAAGCCAGACAGGCAUGGCAGGCAACAUGGCAGGCAGCAUGGCAGGUGUUAUGGCAGGUAGCAUAGCAGGUGGUAUGGCAGGUAGCAUGGCAGGCAGCAUGGCAGGCAACAUGGCAGGCAGCAUGGCAGGCAACAUGGCAGGCAGCAUGGCAGGUGGUAUGGCAGGUGGUAUCCCCGGCAGCAUAGCAGGCGGUAGGGGCCUCUCAGGUCAGCCCGGCGCAGGCAACUUGCACGCAGGCUUCCUCCCUGCGGAGGGCGUGUUUGGGGAGGGCAGGGGGGGCAGAGUGCAUGGGCUGGCCGGCAGCACCGAAGGCAGGGAGCAGCUGCCCUUUGCUGCGUCCUCUUCUGCACCUCGUGUCCCAGGUCCUCCUGCUGCUGCUGCUGCUGCUGCUGCAGCGCUUGCUGCCAGAGGUGUGCUGUCCCCUGCUGCUGCUGUUGCCGCCGCUGCCGCUGCUGCUUCCCUGGGUGUGUCGGCUGCAGGUGCCAGCUACGAACAGGCUUCAGUGCGUGCAGGAAACUUGGGGGCUUCUCAUGGUAACCAGCUGGGUGAACCAGGCUUAGGGUUGGCGCCCAAGGAGUCUGUGGGGCAGCCAGAACUGGACUUUGGGCUCAACAGUUUGUCACAGCACAGGAAUCCUCCAGGCAGUUCUGGCAUUACAAAGCAAUUCUUUUAGAAAUGAUGAGUUUAUGCAGACAUGCAUGCUGUUGCCGUACUUGGCUGGAAGCAAGCCUGAGGCAAUUGUUGUAUUGGCUUGGCUUGGCAGUGUUGUGAAAAGCAGAAAUACC